CUAUCAAACAAGAAACCAUAUUCGGUUAUUUUGAUAUUUUGAAUAGCAAAUUUACGGGAUGUCGUAAACUUAAAUAACAGAGGCAUGGCGAGUUUGAUAUGUAAAUUUUCAGGAUGUUUGCAAAGCAUUUUACUGAGAGAAGCAAGUUGUUGUAGCAGAAUCCUUAUAAAUCACGAACAUAAGAGAUAUCGCAAAAGAAGCAGAAAGCCUGCACCAUGGUUUGAACCAAGGAAAACUGGAAAAUUAACAUAUGGAGUUACAGAUGAAAAUGUGGCGGACUUAAAGCAGCAAGUAUGGGAGGAUUCAUUUAAACCAGAUUCUCCUAUCAGGGUGGAAUUCUUGGAAAGGAAAGGCUUGACUGAUAACAUGAUCGCCAGCCAGUAUCAAGUUGACAAAAACUUCAAGUGGAAGUUUAACACAAAAAGGACAGGUGUUAUUGCAAUCAAGCUAGGAAUGAUUCCACAAUGGACCAAGGAAGGAGAAAAGGUCAUGUGUACAGUUUUACAGGUACUUGAUAAUCAUGUGAUUAGAUACACCCCUCCUGAGGAUUUCCAGAAAUCGCAGGGAUUUCAUCCCUGGUUUUCAAAGAAUGUAGGAUCCAUGGUGGUUGGAACACUCUCUUGUAGCCCUCUACUGUUCUCCAAAAGAUACAAUAACUUAUUUCUGGAAGCUGGUGUUGCACCUAAAAGGAAACUAACCAGAUUUCUUGUGUCCCCAGAAUGCAAACUUGCUCCAGGUACAAAGCUCAGAGCAUGCCAUUUUAGGGUAGAUGACUAUGUUGAUGUCAGUGCCAAGACCAUUGGGCAUGCAUUUCAAGGAGUUGUAAAGAGGUGGGGAUUCAAAGGUCAAAGUGCAACACAUCGCGGCGGUAAAAGUUGGAGAAGAGCAGGAGCCACAGGAGGAGGGAGGUCUCAAGCAGGGACAAGGCGUGGCAAGAAAAUGGCGGGUCACAUGGGCAUGGACUGGAACACCCAGAAAGGACUCAAAAUUUUAAGGAUGGACAACAAGUAUGAUGUCAUUUACGUGAAAGGGGUGGUACCAGGACCAGACCACUGUUACGUCAGAGUUAUGGACACGGUGUUAAAUCAUCGGAGGAAAGGCCUGAUGAAGAACCCUCCCUCCUGCCCUACACUGCUCGAGGACUCUGCUCAAAAGUUGCCAAGUGAAGUACUGUCAAGUGACCUCUUUGAUUUCAGAGACGAUUCUAUUUCCAUUAGUGCGGAAUAGAUUGGGGAAUGGAAAAAAUUAUUAUAUGCUGUACAAAAAUAAGGAUCAAAUAUUAAAUGUAUGUGUAUGCA